UUCUCGCGCAUGAGCAGUCUCUAGCUGGGCAAUGGCGACAUGUGCGUAGCUCUUUUGAUUGAAAAAGGAGCGAUAUUUACGCCGUGUCUUGCCUAAAAACGAAUUUAUUUUCCAAAUCCAGGAUACUACUCAGCUCACUUUGUGUUACUGAACAGAAAUACUAUACAAAAUACUGAAAUACAUUACACUUGAGUCGUUUCAGCGAAUUUUAUUUUCGUGUCCAUCUGAACUGAAGGCGUGCGACUGAGUGAAGUUCUUAUCGAUGAGGUGUUCGUCCCUGUGAAACUACGUGGUUCAGACAAGCUAACACGACAAUAUUCCUUUAUGGCUUAUGACUUAAAUUUUAACUGGUUUUAGGCUGAAAAACCUGGUAAUUAUAUCAAAGAAGCAGUUUCCUUGUAUUACACUGCUUGGAUUCAUCAGACUUUGAGGAACGGAAGAGAGUGAUAAGAUAGAAGAAAAAGGUUUAAUCAAGAUGGCGGCUGAAGUGGCCACGCAGCCUAGCUACGAUACCUCUCAACCAGAGGCUAAAUCAACAGGGCCAUUGCCUUCAGCUCAACAUCCGGAGAAAGUAGACAAAGUUGCCAUCAAAGAGAACUUGAAACCUGAUGCAGCCCAGAAGCAUGAUAGUAACUGCCAAGAGGCAACGGAUCCUGAAGAGAAGGCAGUUAAGAAAACGUAUGUGGCAGCGCCACCACCAAAGGUCAACCCAUGGCACCGUAACAAAGCGCCACAGAAUGAUGUUGUGGUUCCGCCUCUUGAUUUGAAAGGACAAUUAAAAGAGGAAUCCGCCCCAAAGAAGGCUGCACCAAGGGCCAAAGAGUUCCAUAAAAACCAGAAGAAAUCGGCCAGAGAGAAAGCCGAUGCCUCCGAUAAGAAAGAUAAGAAAGAACUGGAUAAGAAGAAAGGAAAGGAGGAAGUUAAGAUUGUUAAAGACGAUGUCGAGAGAGUUUCUUCUAAGAAAGUGGUUCUUGAAGAUGCACCCCCACCUAAAGUAAAUGCCUGGAAACGGUCGUCUACUUCUGAGCCUGUCUCUGUGUCACCUCCUCCCCCACCACCACCACCACCUCCGCAGGUACCUCAACCAUCAGUUCCUAAAGAAAAGCCUGCACCAGUGGUUAAAAAACCGGCAGAGACCGAGGAAGCAAAGGUUACAAAAGAACCAGAUGUUGCUAAAGAACCAGUUAUUGUGAAACCUAAACACGAUGACAAAAAAGGAUCUCCGAAAGCAACCAUCGUGAAGGCAGGAAAAAUUAACAAUGUGGCAAGUGACUUCAACGAUUUGUCAUCAUGGCCAACCUUGGAUAAGGUGAAAGAUGGAGCACCUGCUCCUGUUUCACCUGGUGGCAAGGUGGUUCCAGCCUCACCUGGUAAGAAAACGGACACAAAAGUAGAAGUUGCAGAAACAGUUGAAACACCUGCUGAGACACAGCCUGAAGCAGUGGAAACAUCCCACAAAAACAUAACAUCUGCCAAGAAAAAAGCUGAUAAAAAGCAAAAAUGGAAACCGCUUCAAAUCGAACCGGAACCAAUGAGGCACCGUGGCAAAGAUGCCCGCCACAACUCACCAAAGUACACGCGCGACAGAGGUGAAAACACACGAGACCGAAAGGAGUGGCGUGAAAAACCGCAGCGAGAAGGAAGCUGGCGCGAUGCAAAUUGGCGCGACACUAAGGAACAGAGUGAACUUAAAAGCAGCAAGGACGAUGCUGUUUUUAACAGCAGUAGAUCGGAAAGGAUACGAAGCCCAAGUGGUGGAAGCACUGAUGGCCGAUCUUACUACCCACGAGGACGGGGUAGAGGUAGGGGACGAGGGCGUGGACGCGGUAGAGGUGGUCGUGGCGGAACCACUAGGAGCGACAAUUGGCAAGAUGAUUCCAUGCACUAUGCUAAACCAUACUACAAACCACAACAGUACUUGGAAGGAGAUGACUAUGCUACCAACUACACAGCAACGACGGAGGCGACGGGUCAACCGAUUUACACCGCACCGCCAACGUUCAACACCUUUUACUACCAAACUUACGCAACUAACUUGGCUCCAGCGACCGAUGAGAAUACCUUAUUAGACUAUGUCAAAAAACAAAUAGAAUAUUACUUCAGUGUUGAGAAUCUUGUGAAAGACCUUUUUCUUCGAAGAAAGAUGGAUACAGAAGGCUUUCUUCCGCUUAGUCUUAUUGCAAGUUUUCAGCGGGUUCAAAGUUUAACGAAUAACACAGCGUUGAUUGUUCGAGCUUUGCAAGACAGUACAGAAGUGGAAUUAUCCUCGGAUCAGACGAAGCUUCGACGACGGGAUAAUCCUCUGCAAUGGAUAAUCCAGGGAACGGCUCAACCAUCCAUAUCAUCAGUCCUACAUUACGAUAGUCCCGAGUUUGUACCCGGCAAACCCUAUCCUUAUGUUCCUCAUGACACAGAAUCUGCACCUGUCUCCCCAACACACCCUGAGAAGAUCACUCAGGAAGUGGAAUCAAAUGACCAAGAAGCAGAGGAUUCAAAAAACGAUGCAACGAUGACCUCUGGACUCUCAACGAGUGCACCUGAAAAAGAACCAUCCACAUGGACUGAGGUUCGGAGGAGGCAACGAACGACAAGCAUUAAUAAACCGAAGAAAAAUGUUCAGCCAGCUGAUACUGGAAAUCAGGAAGAACUGGAGUUUCUAUUUGAUGAAGAAUUAACAGGCAUCACAGGAAGGAAAAAUCAGUUCUCAGAAUGGUCUGAUGAGGACGAUGAUUAUGAGAUGUCCGACAACGAGGUCAACAAAAUCAUCAUUGUGACUCAGACACCGCCAUGCUACAAGAAGCACCCCGGUGGGGAUCGUACAGGGUACCAUGUUCCCCGGUCCAAGAUCACAGCAUCACUGGCCAAGGUCAUUAACGAUGGUCUCUACUAUUACGAAAGCGAUCUUUGGGAGGAAGCUACGGAUGUGUACUUCACAAAAACGGAUGUAUCGUACAAUAAAAUUACAACCAUUAGCAAAGAAGACUUCAACAGUAUCACGCCGACAAAAUCGCAUGAACAGCAAGAAGUUCCUCCCGGCCCGCCUAUAGAGAGCAGUCCAGAACCCAAAAAAUCCAUUGAAAUCAGUGGUGCCAUUCCCAAAGUAGAUGUUGCACGGUCAUUACCGGCAGUUGUGCCGGAUUCUUCCACUGUUCCUCGUACUCCCAGAACUCCAAAGACGCCAAGAAGUAAAGGAAACCGAUUCUAUCCAGUAAUGAAAGAAACCAAACCACCUGACAAGAAGACGCCAAGAAAGCGCAAGACCAGACAUAGUGACAACCCACCCGUAGAGAGCCACGUCGGCUGGGUGUUGGACACAAGAGAACAUAGGCCUCGGACUACCUCAACAAGUUCUCCAUCUGAGGGUGCCCCGAUCAGCAGCAGCUAUGGCACACCGCAGACUAUUCCAAAGUUUGAGCAUCCCUCGCAUGAAUUGCUGAAAGAUAACAAUUUCACCCAACAUGCCUACCACAAAUAUCAUCAGAAGUGUCUGAAAGAUCGCAAAAAACUUGGUAUUGGGAAAUCUCAGGAGAUGAAUACCUUGUUCAGAUUCUGGUCGUUCUUUCUACGGCAGAACUUCAACCGUAAGAUGUACCAGGAGUUCCGUAACCUGGCCGUGGAAGACAGUAAGCACGGCUAUCGUUACGGACUGGAGUGCCUUUUUCGAUACUACAGCUACGGCCUCGAGAUAAAGUUCAGGCAAGAGAUAUUCAGCGACUUUCAGGAGGAAACGCUACGUGAUUACGAAGCAGGGCAACUAUACGGACUGGAAAAAUUCUGGGCUUACCUAAAAUACUCGCGACAGAGGCAGCUUCAAAUUUCACCCAAGCUACAGGGUGCCCUCAAGAAUUUUAAGAAAUUGGAGGAUUUUAAAGUUGAUGUUGAUGAGGAAGUGAAAGGUGCAGAGGGUGGUAGUGCAACUGAUAAAUCAGCCAACAAGCCAAGCAAGAAAGACGACCAGAGAUCAAAGGCUGCCCGUACCAAUAACCAGACCACUAAGGGAUCCGAUGCAAAGACAAACAGCGAAAAGCAUUCUGAAGAUGCAACAACAAAUAAGAAGCAAUCCAAACAAGAGAAGGAUAAACAAUGAAAUAGUAGAGGAGAAUAUUGAGAGAUGUUGAAAUGAGGGAGAUAAUUCUUGAGGGCGGUACAACCUGAUGGCAUUCCAUUUAAAUCAUCACAUAAAACGUUUGAAAUUGACAUCACAAUGUCGAUCCAUUGUGGGAUUUCAAGUCUACCAUAAUUGUGGAAUGGAAAUUUGAUUGUUUAAAUUUCUUGAAUCGUGCCGAUGAUCGGAUGCGUUCUGGCUCAUACGAAAUUGAUUCCAUCAAUUCCAUCAAAAACUGCUUCUUGGAACCGAAUCCUUGGAAGUUCCGGCCGUAUUGACAGGCUGAGAAUCAAAUAUUAUGGUGAACAGUUGUGCCCCAAGUGCUGUGAGAAAUUUUUUGGAGAAACCCCCUGUAUAUGCAAACUCGGACCGUUCUGCUGUCAGUCCGGUUGAGUCAAGAUGUUGAAAGUAUACAUAAACAUAACAGAUUGAUAUCAGUAAAUUGAUUACAUUUGAUCUAACGGGUUCUGGAAACGAGGCGACAAACGACGGGACGUUUUGUUGCGUUGUUCUGUUACAGGUGCUACUUCUAUCCAAGCCAAGUCAUAGUUAAUAAGGGACCAUUUACUAUCUCGCUAUAAAAUUGUUGGUGUGUUAUGUUCUUACUCUGUAAUGAUAUUUUGAAGAUCUCUUCCACAGCUGGACAAUGUGUGGCGCUGUGCAAGUCCCCAGUGCAGCACUUGCCUCCAACAAAAUUUUGGCGAUGUGUAUUGCGUGUCUGUUGAUAGGAUCUGUUCUAAGCAUCACCUGUUUGUACAUUGACCGUACACUGUGACAAACGUACACAGGACUUUGUGUAUGCUUCUUUGCCGUUUUGUGUUGAGACAACGAAGAACUAAUCGGCCAUUCUCGUUUAGGAAACAUUUGGUUACGCAUUUCUGUGAUUCCGUGUUGUCACUUUAGAUGGCAGCGCAGUUUGUAGCAGAUGAAAAACGUGUGACUGGAAAUCUGAUUGAAGUUGCUGUUAUUAAGAUAGAGGCUCUAACAUGAAAUACAUAAACUGUAAGCUGAAAUAUAUACAAUAAUUUCAAAGACAAGAGCAGUAAAGAUUUGGCUGAAUUGGACAUGUCGAUCACAAAGAAAAUAUUAGCCAGCAGAUUGUUCGCAAACGAGAUGGCAAAAUUUUCUUGGUAUUACCUUCAAGGCACAGACAUUCGAAAUGUCAUUGCUCAUAUCUUGACAGACACAAAUAUCAUAAUAUCUUCAGUAUCUUUUUCUUGAAUACUGAAAGUUAGUACCAAGGAAAUGUAGCUAAAAGUAUGUGUUUAUCCUCAUUGUUUUCAAAGAUAUGUUUGAUGUACCUCUGUUGGUUGCGAAAAGUUUGAAUUCUCUGUUGGUUGCGAAAAAUAACUUUUAACCCGUCAUUGAAAACCCAUUUUACUAAUCCGUGCCAUCUUCUCUAGUAUUGCAUUCAUUUCUUGUGUUUUGAUCAGCUCAAGACAUCAGCAGAUGACCUAGAUAAUUAGCUAUGAUCAGAAUGUGUUAGAUCGUGCACUGGAUUACAAAUUUACCAUUUUAACAUCCAUAGCAACGGUGGUGCCAGAAAUUUUCCGAAAAGGGGUCCAAUGUGUCCGAAGGAGGGGUCCGAACCAAUUUGACGGCCUGGAAUAAAAAAAUCCCUGUGAGGCUUCAUGGGGUGAGUUUUUAUGGUCCUAAAUGUGCUUUUAAGACCACAAUAUUAGGGAUUGGCAAUCAAAAUAGCUUUCUUUGGAUAGGCAAAUUAUUUUUUUUUAUAAUUUUUGGUCCGACAACCUAGUCGUUCUUCGGACACCAAGGAGGUCCAGGCCUGUCCGACGGGUGGGCAAAUGCCCACCCUGCCCCCGUGCUGGUGCCACCACUGAUUCGUAGUGAAGCAUUAAUUAAAAUUGUCUUUUAAAAUGAUUUCAUAGUUCAUAACCAGAUGUUGAAUAGAUCCAAUAUUAAAAAUGUUUUCGAAAUAUUCUGGAAUUAAAAGUAUUCAUGAACCUCUAAUUAAAAAAAAAAAAUCAAUAUUAAUAUUCAUAAACCUCUUGCUUCAAAAGAAAUAGUUUAUUAUUCAAAAUCACAAUAGGUAAGGUUAAUGCAUUCUCAAUAAUUACCCAGCUCAUCUGCACAGUUAAAAUGAUUAUUUGGUAAAUGAAAAUUCACACGCAAUUCGCUGCAUGGUGUUGCAUAUCUAUAAAAACAAGUUGAGGUUGAAUGAAACUGCUUUUAUUUGCUAACGACCACUAAUGACAUUCCUCAUUCAUGAAAGUAACAGUACUGUGCCUUCUGUUGCAAAGUUCAAAGUUCGUUUUUAAUAUCUUGAUACUUAAGAAGCUUUAUACACUGAUUCAUUUCGCAAAAAAAAUAUUAAAAGGUUUUCAGGUGACAAUUGGUGCAAGAAAUUUACGUUCUGUCUUGAUUUUAAAAACACUUCCUGUCUUAGUGACUCCAAUGAAUUUCACGUUUCUAAUCAACGUUGCAAGUAGUACAGUAGGACACUUGUACACAUAUACUAACCCCUGUGGGGUGUGUAGACACAAACAUUUAUCGUAUGUAUAUUGGUGAAAAAUAAGCUCUGGGUAGAAACGUAGCUAAUCCAGGAGAUUAUACCAUGGUUAUAUAAAAAAAAAAUAUAUAAUGGACAGUUUUAAGCAUUUGAAAUUUUGAAAGGGGGGGGGGUGGUACCAAUGACUAGAACAGCUGGUGUGAACAUAAUUCUAUUUGAUGCUGCAAUUCUGGGUUGUUGAUUGCGUGUUAUAAUCAUGUUUUUGUUUUAUUUUUUUUAACUUUCAAUUAUUAUGAUUAACUUAAUAUAUUUAUAUUUGAUUUACUUCGGGUGUAUAUACAGUACAGCGUAUGAUACUUUAGGAAAAUAUCCUACAGAUCACAUAUCCCUCUCAUAUAUAUUGUCAUAUAGAUAUGAAUUUGAUUACAAAUAGUUUUAACUUUUUUAUUUUCUCAACAACUUAUAAAUGAGUUAUAUCACACGAUUAUACAUGAUCGUGAUCAAUACGUAAGUUGUAUGAUGUGCUUAAUGGAUUUGUGCGUGUUCGCAAAUUGAAUUUCAUAACUUAAAAGUUUGCAUUGUAAAUUUAAAUUCUAAGAAUUGGAGCCUUAGUGAAUAUUUUGAUUAUUGUAUUUUAAGUUUAAUGUUUCCUUUCUGUUACCUUUUGACGUAUAUGCCAAUUCAAUUUUAGGAAUGAGUGUAACAUUCAGUUUUCUUUAUUUGAAUAUUUUAAAAAUAUUUGGAAGAGUGAAAAGAAAAAAAAUCUAACACUUAAAAAAAAUGUGUUAAAUCUUGAAAUAAUUCUAGUUGUAUACAAAAGUAUAUAAGAAGAAAAUGUAUGAAUUUGGGAAAAAAGUUAAAAAAAAAUAUAACAAAAGUGAAAUUAAUUUGGAAAAAAAAUAUCUUGGGUCAGAUGAACUAUGUUAAUUUUUUGAUUAACAUCGUUACAAAAAUGUAACAAUUUCCUUUUUGUUUUUCUUUUUAUGUAAUGGCAAAAUUAUAUGAAAAAUUGAAAAAAAAGCAUCCCUUUAUCCAAAUUUGUCAAAUAAUUCAAAUAUAAUAUGGUAAUUCAAUAUUCAUACAUUCUGUUUCCUGAAGGGAAAGAAAAGAUUGUGAACUUGUGUGCUCGAUCUGUAUGUGACAGGGGUUGUGGCUGUGUGUGUGUUAUUGGGCAGGGUGUUUUGUGUAGGAGUGUGUGUUCCUUUUUGGAAUGCUUUUUACCUGUGCAUAUUAUGGUACAUAAACAUUUUGGGUAGGUGGGAAAGGUAAUUAGGGGUGGGGAGAGAGUGAGGGGUGUGUGUGUGUGUUGAUGGGUAACGUCAGAAAUUGACACUCUGCAGUCAUGGUAUAAUCAAAUUAGGUUAAAAAGCUGAAGUACAAUUUAUUUAGCCAUUUCAAACUUUUCCACAGGAUAUGAUAAUGAUGCUUGUAUAUUUUAUGUAUAAAGUUAAAAGAUUUACCAUUAGUGCUGUAUACAUGUUAGGCAGAUUUUAGAAGUUGGAUUGUUGUGUCUUCCAAUGCACUUUCAUACAGAACUUCUCUGUAGAAUUUUAAAUCAUUUAAUCCUUUUCACUCAUUUUUCCAGUGAUCAUAAAGUAUAUAUAAUUAUUCCCUCAAUUAAAAAUUCAUAUAUUAUUUAAAUCAUUUUAUGAUUUUUAUCUUUUGGGAGAAAUAUGUACACCAUCUAUUAAUCGUUGGAAGGCUUAGUAACUUCAAGGAAUAGAUAAUUUUACUUACCUUAAUGUUUUACCUUUGCUAGGAAUUAGGCCUAAUGAAUAAAUUCAAGUGAUUGUA